GUAACCACUAGGGGGAAUUACUGGAACUGCUGUAAGUCAUUAGUCACUGAGGUGCCUCACUAUGGCAACUCCCAUACACAACAAGAGUGCUGUGGACUGCACUGGGAGAGAUAUGAGCACACUGGGGAAUUUAUAAAGAAAAAGGAUGGACAGCAGCCGAGGUGUCAUCCCUGUGCUCAUGGGGAAAGACAGGAACGUCACCCUCAUACUGGACACUUCUGAGGCUAUGACCGCUGUUCUGGGAACAGUGAAGAACCUGAUUGUUCAAACUCUACUCGCCAAAGCUUCACUCAGGAACUCCCUUUUUAACAUCAUCACGUUUUCAUAUAAGGUAACACCAUGGUCUGAUCACAUGGUCCCUUGUGCCCCUGAUACAGUGUAUGAAGCCCUGGGCUGGAUCCACACGCUCACGACCAGCCCUGGAAAGGAUCUCCUGACAGCACUUACCACCGCAUUCUCUGAUCCUGCUUGUCAGUCUGUCCACCUUGUGACCAACAGUCUCCCAGACAACCCAGAGAAUUGUCUAAGUGCACUGUCUACCUGUGGGACACGUCCAGUGCACACUUUUCACAUUGCUGAAAAACAGGCCUUGGACAGUGACACGCUGGAUUUUCUGAAGUGCUUGACUUCUGCUACUAGAGGAAGCUGUUAUAGGCUCAAUCUGAACUCAGGCAGCACAGCAGAGCAGGUAGCUUUGCUGCACUCAGCAGAACACCAGAUUCAAGAACCAUCAUUCUCAGAGAAUAGAUGCUGCCGGGCCUUACAUUACAACCCCAUGCAUGCAGUCUGUCUUUCCCCAUACUGGGGUUCUCUUAGAAAUCCCUUUAGUGCAACGCCUUGUAUUUCAGCAAGGUUGAUGAGAGGGGCAGAGUUCUAUCCAGGCUGCCGAGUGUUAGCUAGAAGAGAGGCAGAUGGAUUUUACUACUUGGGGACAAUUGUACACCAGCUUCAGGAUAGAGGAGGGUUUUUUAUGGUGGCAUUUGAUAAGCCAGGGUACAGGGUGGAUAGCACCUCAGAACUGGCACUGCCCCAGCCAACAUGCCAACCAGAUAUGAUCAAUAUAACUCAGGGAUAUGGACACAGUAUUGUACCUGGAGACACAGUGUUAGCUCCCUUUGAGCAGGAGAUGAGCAGGUACGGGCCUGGCAGGAUCGUUUCAGGAAUGGAGCUAAGAGACCCACUGAGAGGUGGAGCAGGGAAUGGGCUUUUGGUUCUCUUUUGGAAUGGAUUCAGAACACAUGUGCCCAAUAACCUGGCUGUGUGGAUACCAGCCUCUCACUACGAGCAAAUCAUCAGGGAAUUCCAGUCUCAUGCACUUUUCAGAUCAUCCUGCUGCUUAAACCACACUUACUGUAAUCAAAUAAACUGGACACCAGCCUGCUGCAUGCAUCAGUGUCUCUCAGCAGCUUCUGCCUUGUGCCAUUGUCCAAUCAACAGCUGCCUUCCCCAGACCUCAUCUUUUCUCAGGAGCAACCAAGAGAAUGAGAAGGUGGAAAUUAAUGCUGACCAACAGAAGGAACUGCAGGGUUCUCAGGAAACACAGAUACCAUCCCCUUCACCAUCAUCUUCAAGUGAGGAUGAAGAGGAAAAAUUAGAAGUCACAGAGUCUGAGCUGGUGAGCCGCUCAGUAAACACUGAUAUAUCAUGCCUAAAAAAGGCCUACACUGAGUCACAGAGUAAACCAGCCUGGAGAUAUUGGAGGAGAGGAGCUCCGGAGGCACACCACAAACAACCAGGAAUAGAGGCCAGAUCUCUAAAUGUAAGCUAUUCUUGGCCUGGAAAACCAUCCAGCCACACAGAGUGUCCCUCCUCCUCCAUUUCUACAGUAACAAAUAACAGCUCGGUGUUUGACCUAGUUCCUGUUUCAGCAAGAAGAGGUGUAACAGUCAGAGAGAUAUUUGGCUGGACUGAACAACCAGCUUCUAAAGGUGUAUCUCCACUGGCUUUUGCACUGAGAAAGAUUUCAGUUAAACAAAAUUUUAAUUAAUGCCACACUGUUCUGAAUAAAAUCAAAAGGAAAAAAAUGUGCAUGCUAAUGUUUAGCUAUACACUGUGAAGAGAAUACAUGUGCAACAAAUCCCAGCAAAUACUGAUGUGAUAUAAAAAUAAUGUGUUUAUUUCAGCACCAUUUAUAAGUUAGGCUGAUUAAAAACAAACAUGCAGUAAUUGCUUUGCACAAAAUAAAAAUAUUGAGCCAUA